GUGAAUCUUAGGGACAAGAUAGUGGUAAUCACGGGCGCGUCCAGCGGAAUAGGCGCGGCAGCGGCCUUUGAGUUUGCAGACAGGGGAGCCCGCGUGGUCAUGGUAUCCCGGAAUGCAGACAGGCUCGAGCGGGCGCGAGAAGAGCUUGCAGGGAUCGGCAAGACCGAGGCCAUGACAUGCGACGUGUCUGACAGCGGCCAGGUCUCGGAGAUGGCGCGGCAGGUCCUGGACAGGUUCGGCCAGGUCGACGUUCUGGUAAACAAUGCAGGCUAUGCCGUGUACGGCACUGUCUCCCAGCUGAGCGUCGGGGAGAUCGAGGGUCAGAUGAGGACGAACUACUUUGGCAUGGUCUACUGCACGAAGGGCUUUCUUCCCGGUAUGAUCAAGCGGAACCGUGGCCACAUAGUAAACGUCGCAUCCGUUGCGGCAAGCGUCGGGCUGCCCGGCAUGGCGCCGUACUGCGCCUCAAAGUUUGCGAUGCUUGGCUUCUCUGAGGGGCUCAAGCACGAGCUCCACGAGACCGGCGUUGGUGUCACGGUUGUGAGCCCGAUCACGGUACGGACAAACUUUUUUGACCAUUCCUCGUUUGGAAAGAUGCGGCGCAAGCCCUACGCGAUAAGCUCCAAGAGGGUCGCCCGGGCGAUAGUCAAGGCAUCCGCGUCCUCGCGCCUGGAGAUAGUCGUGCCGUCGACGGUUCGCGGCGUGGUAUGGCUCAAGCAGACCCUGCCGUACCUGAUAAACCCGAUGCUGGGCUCGUCGUUUCGCGGCAUCGGCUCCGCAGAGUCUAGCCCGAGUCCUGCUCCAGAAGAGCCGCGUCCCUGA